UGUAUGUAUUUGCAAAUAUUUGUGCUGGUAAAUUUAUUGGUUCACUUAACAGAUGUAGAGUGCACCGAUGUUGGGGCUAAAGCCAGCAAAUUCUUCAGGAGUGGCCAUACCAACAACUGGGCUGUUUUGGUGUGCACUUCAAGAUUCUGGUUUAAUUACCGUCAUGUGGCAAACACACUCUCGGUGUACAGAAGUGUGAAGAGACUGGGGAUCCCAGACAGUCACAUUGUGUUGAUGCUGGCAGAUGAUAUGGCCUGUAACCAUAGAAACCCCAAGCCUGCCACUGUGUUCAGCCACAAGAACAUGGAACUGAACGUGUAUGGCGAUGAUGUGGAGGUGGAUUACCGCGGAUACGAGGUUACCGUGGAGAAUUUUUUGCGUGUACUCACGGGCAGACUACCACCCAGCACCCCCAGGUCAAAACGUUUACUGUCAGAUGACCGGAGCAAUAUUCUUAUUUACUUAACAGGACAUGGUGGAAAUGGUUUCCUGAAGUUCCAAGAUUCAGAGGAAAUAAGCAACGUGGAGCUUGCUGAUGCUUUUGAGCAGAUGUGGCAGAAAAGGAGGUACAAUGAAGUGCUGUUCAUCAUUGACACCUGCCAGGGGGCUUCGAUGUAUGAGAGGUUUUAUUCCCCCAACAUAAUGGCUCUGGCGAGCAGUCAAGUUGGGGAAGACUCUCUCUCACAUCAGCCUGACUUGGCCAUCGGGGUUCACCUGAUGGACAGAUACACCUUCUACCUUCUGGAGUUCCUCGAAGAUGUCCACCCUGCAAGUCAGACCAAUAUGAAUGAUUUGUUUAAGGUGUGCCCCAAGAGCCAGUGUGUGUCCACCCCAGGCCACCGUACAGACCUCUUCCAGAGGGACCCCGGCAGCGUCCUCGUCACCGACUUCUUUGGGAACGUCCGCAAGGUGGAGAUUACCACAGAAACCAUCAAUCUGACCUCUCUAACAGUACAGCAAGAGGAAAAGAAGCUGGUGAAACCAGAGAUACAGAGUGAAGACUUGACUUACGUGGACCAGCUGCCUGUGGCUGAAAUCAUCCAUCAGAAACCCAGGCAGAAAGACUGGCACCCUCCGGACGGCUUCAUCCUGGGCCUGUGGACUCUCAUUCUGCUGGUGUUCUUCAAAACCUACGGCAUCAAACACCUCAAACACAUCUUCUGAGGAUCUGGCACAGACCUCACACAGGACAGAAGAAGACUGGAGGAAUUUUCCGGAAUACUUGAAUGCUUCCACUGUCU